AUGAGGCGUUUCCUUCAUCUAUAUCGUCUACGUAAUAAAACAAAAAAUAUCAAGAAUGACAGGAGUUCGAAGAAUCAAACUAGGUUCACAGGGUUUAGAGGUAUCUGCUCAGGGUUUGGGUUGUAAUGGUAUGUCGGCUUUCUAUGGAGCUCCGAAACCAGAACCUGAAAUGAUCAAACUCAUCCACCAUGCCAUUAAAUCUGGGGUUACUUUUCUCGACACCUCAGACUUCUACGGCCCUAAAACCAACGAGAUACUCCUCGGCAAGGUGGCACGGGAUCUUUUCAUCUUUGUUAUCUGUAAAUUUAUUUUGGUGCUUUUAUUACAUACGUGGGUUGAUUAUCAAACAACAUUUAUAGAGGCUUUUGAAGGGAGGUGCGAGGGAGAAUGUGGAGCUGGGUACCAAAUUUGGAAUUAAAUACGAAGGUGAUGCGAUGGUGAUACGUGGAGAUCCGACCUACGUAAGGGCUGCAUGUGAAGCGAGCUUGCAGCGACUUGGUGUGGAUUGCAUUGAUCUUUAUUAUCAGCACAGGAUUGACAGUCGUUUGCCUAUCGAAAUCACGAUGGGAGAAUUAAAGAAGCUAGUGGAAGAAGGAAAAAUCAAAUAUAUCGGAUUAUCGGAAGCAUCAGCAUCAACAAUCAGAAGAGCUCAUGUUGUGUACCCAUUAACAGCCAUACAACUAGAAUGGUCGUUGUGGUCAAGAGAUGUUGAAGAAGAAAUCAUUCCUACUUGCAGAGAACUUGGGAUCGGAAUUGUUGCAUACAGUCCCCUUGGACGGGGUUUCCUCUCAUCUGGCCCGAAGUUGAUUGAGAAGUUGGAAGAUAGUGACAUCCGUAAGGUUUGUUGGUAUCUCUUUGUUUCCCCCAAAGUGGCAUAAUAUAAAAACCGGCAAAAAUAUCUUUUCUUUUAGUUUAAAUUUUGAUUUUUUUUUUUUUUUUUUUUAUUUUAGUUUUGUGGUUCUUUUUGUCAUGUUUGUUUGUAGAAAUGGCCCAUUCCAAAACUAAUAUGAGUAUUAUAUCUUUUUAUUUUUGUUUUUACAUUUUUUAAUAUCUAUUUUAAUAUUUUAAUAAUUUAAACAGUAGAAAAGGACCCACACACAUCUCUCUCUCAAACAAAAAUUAAAGGUUCAAUUUUAAAAGAUACACACAAAACCAAUCUCUCUGUGUUCUCCCAUUGAUGUUCAAGCUUGUUUUCCCAUUGAUGUUCAAGCUUCUGAAGAGCAUAAGUUUUAAG